ACGGUAGGUCCAAAAAGAGAGAAGCAGCUGAGGUGUUGUAUUUAAGUGACACUAUUCAUUGCCCGACACCACGUCUGGACGUCACAUUAAAUACUAACACUGGAAAAACCGUAUUUGACUUAUAAUGAGAGUCGUCAUAGGAGGUGGUUCUGGUUUUGUGGGUUGUGAGUUGACUCGCCUACUCAGAGACAAAGGUCAUGAAGUCACGGUGAUCUCCCGCCACCCCGGUCCCGGGAGGAUAACAUGGGGUGAGUUGGAGUCAUCUGGCCUCCCGCCAUGUGAGGGCGCUGUCAAUUUAGCAGGAGAAAAUCUCAUGAACCCACUGCGAUGGUGGAACGAAAGCUAUAAGAAGGAUUUGUUUUCCAGUCGCAUCGACAGCACAAAAGCUCUGACUGAAGCGAUCGCGGCAUCCCCCAGUCCUCCCCACUCGUGGGUCCUGGUGUCAGGCGUUGCGUGCUAUAAGCCCAGUCUUAUAGCCGAAUACACGGAGGACAGUGAGUGGACGCCGUUCGAUUUCCUCUCCAGGCUGGUGAAAGAGUGGGAAGCCGCUGCACUGCUGCCAGAAAGUGUGACAAAGACCACGAAGCAAGUGGUAGUCAGGCCGGGGGCAGUGUUGGGCCGUGAUGGAGGCGCCAUGAAGCAGAUGUUGCUUCCCUUCUGGUUGGGCCUGGGCGGCACCCUGGGCUCGGGCCAGCAGCCCUUCCCGUGGAUCCAUGUGUCGGACCUGGCUGGCAUCAUCGCCCACUCCCUGGUGCCACCCUCCGAUGCGCCACCCUUCUCGGAGGCCCCCUCUGGUGUACCGCCAUCCUUCCCCCAGGUCCUCAAUGGGGUGGCGCCCGCCCUCAACACAAACUACGAGUUCACCAAGGAGCUGGGGCGGCUGCUGAGUCGUCCCACAAUCCUCCCCGUGCCCGCCUUCGUGCUUAACACACUGUUGGGCUCGGAAAGAGCCAUAGUAUUAGCUCAGGGCCAGAAGGUGGUACCCAAGAGGACUUUGGAGACCGGGUUUCAGUACAAGUACCCAGACUUGACGUCGGCCCUCAAAGAAAUUGUCGCCAGUUAAAAAAAAACAAAACAAACUUACACUAUGAGGGACAACCUCAGUCCACCAACUGAGGGCAGUGUAUUACUAUUAACAACGGGUUGUUCAUGUAGUGUAAGAAAUAUGGUAAUCCUAACUUCCUUUGCAUGUUUAGCUCCACUGAUGCAAAAACAGCAUUUUGCAUCAUGUUUACACUGUAUAAAAGGACAAAUAAAUAUUUUGAGCUGUA